AUGCCCGUGUGCCACAUAUACUGCCGCACGCAGUACCUGCGGCACCGCCACCUCGACUACCACAAGAUGCUGUUCAGCUGCAACCUGUGCGGGUUCGUGACGCGCGCCAAACAUUUGGCGCGGAACCACUAUCUCAUGCACACUGGAAAGGUGUUCAAAUGCAAGCAAUGUGACGCCACAUUCACGAAAAGCACCUCGUACUAUGGCCACGUGCGCCUUAACCACCCUUCCAAGGACCACGUGUGCGGGAUCUGCGGGGACUCCUUCAUCGGAGCCCUGGGGCUGCGGCAUCACCACGCGAAGGCGCACAAAGAGUUGUCGAAGUCGAAGUUAUCGUGCGAGUCGUGCGGGGUGCAGUUCGCGAGCUCCGAGGCUAUGAGCAGACACACGGACGGACGGACACACUGCGACGCGUCUUUAAAAGCGUGCGCAGAGUGCGGCGCGCUGUUCGACGCGGAGGAGGCGCUCGCGGCGCAUGCGCGGACACAGCACGAGUUCUGCUGCGAGGAGUGCGAGCAAUCGUUCGUGAGCGCUAGUUCGCUGGAGACGCACCACCAGCGCAUACACCUGCGCGUCAAGUGGCCGGCAUACGGCCGCACCAGGGAGAUGAACAAGGAAUACUACAGGAAGUGCGAGCAAUCGUUCGUGAGCGCUAGUUCGCUGGAGACGCACCACCAGCGCAUACACCUGCGCGUCAAGUGGCCGGCAUACGGGCGCACCAGGGAGAUGAACAAGGAAUACUACAGGAAGUGCGAGCAAUCGUUCGUGAGCGCUAGUUCGCUGGAGACGCACCACCAGCGCAUACACCUGCGCGUCAAGUGGCCGGCAUACGGGCGCACCAGGGAGAUGAACAAGGAAUACUACAGGAAGUUCGCUGGAGACGCACCACCAGCGCAUACACCUGCGCGUCAAGUGGCCGGCAUACGGGCGCACCAGGGAGAUGAACAAGGAAUACUACAGGAAGGUUACCACAUUACUACAUUACUUACCUCUCCUCAGUGCGAGCAAUCGUUCGUGAGCGCUAGUUCGCUGGAGACGCACCACCAGCGCAUACACCUGCGCGUCAAGUGGCCGGCGUACGGGCGCACCAGGGAGAUGAACAAGGAAUACUACAGGAAGAUAAAAGAAAGGACGCGACUUCGAGCGCAGGUCGUCUGUGAAAUAUGCGGAGCGAAACUCAUGUCUAACGCGGCCCUGGAGAGGCAUCAGCUCGGGCAGUGCAAGCGAGAGAAAAGCGGCAAGUCGUACAAGUGUCCCUCCUGCGACAAGAUGUGCGCCACCAGGCAGGGGCUGCAGCUGCACGUGACGCUACACACGGGGGAGAAGCCGCACAAGUGCUCGCAGUGCCCGCAGCAGUUCAGGCAGGCGGGCGCGCUCAAGCGGCACCACGCGACGGUGAGAACAAACAGACAGACCGGCACUACGUAUAUAGUCUAUAUACAGCUGCACGUGACGCUACACACGGGGGAGAAGCCGCACAAGUGCUCGCAGUGCCCGCAGCAGUUCAGGCAGGCGGGCGCGCUCAAGCGGCACCACGCGACGGUGAGAACAAACAGACAGACCGGCACUACGUAUAUAGUCUAUAUACAGCUGCACGUGACGCUACACACGGGGGAGAAGCCGCACAAGUGCUCGCAGUGCCCGCAGCAGUUCAGGCAGGCGGGCGCGCUCAAGCGGCACCACGCGACGGUGAGAACAAACAGACAGACCGGCACUACGUAUAUAGUCUAUAUACAGCUGCACGUGACGCUACACACGGGGGAGAAGCCGCACAAGUGCUCGCAGUGCCCGCAGCAGUUCAGGCAGGCGGGCGCGCUCAAGCGACACCACGCGACGGUGAGAACAAACAGACAGACCGGCACUACGUAUAUAGUCUAUAUACAGCUGCACGUGACGCUACACACGGGGGAGAAGCCGCACAAGUGUUCGCAGUGCCCGCAGCAGUUCAGGCAGGCGGGCGCGCUCAAGCGGCACCACGCGACGGUGAGAACAAACAGACAGACCGGCACUACGUAUAUAGUCUAUAUACAGCUGCACGUGACGCUACACACGGGGGAGAAGCCGCACAAGUGCUCGCAGUGCCCGCAGCAGUUCAGGCAGGCGGGCGCGCUCAAGCGGCACCACGCGACGGUGAGAACAAACAGACAGACCGGCACUACGUAUAUAGUCUAUAUACAGCUGCACGUGACGCUACACACGGGGGAGAAGCCGCACAAGUGCUCGCAGUGCCCGCAGCAGUUCAGGCAGGCGGGCGCGCUCAAGCGGCACCACGCGACGGUGAGAACAAACAGACAGACCGGCACUACGUAUAUAGUCUAUAUACAGCUGCACGUGACGCUACACACGGGGGAGAAGCCGCACAAGUGCUCGCAGUGCCCGCAGCAGUUCAGGCAGGCGGGCGCGCUCAAGCGACACCACGCGACGGUGAGAACAAACAGACAGACCGGCACUACUGCCCGCAGCAGUUCAGGCAGGCGGGCGCGCUCAAGCGGCACCACGCGACGGUGA